CUCUUUGUGCGCGUGUGUGCGUGUGUGCGUGAUAGAAGGCAGUGUGCAGCUGGCUGUGCAGCCUAGGGAUAGUAAACAGAGCAGAGUAUGAACGGCGAAUGCGCGUUGACAAAAGAGACGAAUUUGCAAAAACGCCUUGUAAAAAAAAAAUCGAAUUUCGUACAGGUGAAAGAGGGAGAAAAUAAGUCCCGGAUGCGGCUCUUUUGUGCGCUUCCCACCGCCCAGCCAAACUUUUUUUCUCCUGAUCACCCCAGAUUGCAGGCUUGAUUUGCGAGCCGGCUAUAGUGUGGAUGGACGGGGG